AUGAUAACAUCACUAGAAACAGCGCUCGACAAACAAAUUUAUUGGGCUGCUGCAAGGUACUCUAAAAUAAACAAUUUUCAACUACAUUAUGGCAAAAAGCUCGCAGCAAAAGUUGGCAUUAAACAAGGUGAUAAAAUUUUGGAUAUGGGUUGCGGAACGGGAGAGCUGACCUCGUUUAUUGGGGAGAUUGUAGGAAAACAAGAUCGAGUGGUUGGUGUUGAUCCAGACAUAGAUGGAAUUCACUACGCCAAUCAACACAAUUGUAACGUGAAUGAAAACGUUUCAUUUGAAAUUGGCGACAGUUCAAGUAAAUUUGUACAGCCAAACAAAUCCUUCUACGAUGCCCAUUUCAGCAAUUUUUCCUUUCAAUGGCUUACAUUGGAUGAAAAGAAAGAGUUUUCGCAAACGGCUUUCGAAUGUCUAAAACCAAAUGGCCAAAUAGCUCUCAAGAGUCACGAAGGCUAUCCGGAAAUAGCUCUAUUUGCAGAAUAUUUAAUCUCAAAGAAACAGAACGCUUUGACUUAUAUCAAUGAUAAGAAACUGAUUCAAUUUUUUAUAUCUAAAGAUGAAACAACAUCUCUUAUUGAAGAAAUGGGCUUUGUAAUCAUUUCAAGUGAUUAUGAUAUUGGAAAACAACGAUACGAAACACUAGACGAUUUUCUCAACUUUUUAGCGCUUUUGAUUAUCAUGCCACAAGCAUGUCCUACAGUGAGAAAAGAAUUUAUGGCACGUUUUGGCAACGAAGAUGGAAGUGUAAAUUUGGUGGACGAUACAUUGUACCAGAUUGUUACAAGAAAGAACUGCAGAAGCGGUUAG